AUGAUUGAGUUGCCUUGGACCAUCAAUCGCUUAAUACACCUCCGGUAUCUUGACAUAUCUGACAACUUUGGCAUUCAGCAACUUCCAGAGUCACUAAGUUAUCUUCACAAUUUGCAGUACUUCGACCUAAACAACUGUCAAGUGCAGACUUUCCCAGCAGGUAUCACUAAUUUAAUCAACCUGAGGCAACUCAUUUCAGUAGAUGAGAUUAUUUCUAAGAUAAGCAGCAUCGGAAAGCUAAUCAAUCUUCAAACAUUGCCGACAUUCAAAGUGCUAAAGGGUGAUGGGCACAAGCUCACAGAAUUAAGCUCUUUGACACAACUCCAUGGAAGGUUACGAAUUAUCAAUCUUGGGAAUGUUGAGGAUAAAAUGGAAGCCAGUGCAGCUAAACUACACGACAAAGUGCAUCUUGAUGAAUUGGUGUUAGCUUGGACAUCAAACCAGAAUUCCAGCUUCGAUGACAAUGCGUUGCAUGCCUCGGAAGAGAUACUUGAAGAACUGCAACCACAUUCCAAACUCAAAAGUUUGACAAUUAGAGGAUACAGAGGUGCCAGAGCUCCCAGUUGGUUACAUACGGAAACGUUGGCUAGCUUGGAAACUCUUAGAUUGGAGAAUUGUGGAAGAUGGGAGGAUGUUGCAUUUAUUAGGCAAUUGUUGCAUCUCAGAUCCCUUUACUUGAAGGGGAUUCCUGCAAUGAAACAAACAACUCGAGAAUUAUUUGGUCCUCCUAUAGAGAACAAGUUCUUCCAAGGGCUAAAAGAGCUAGUUUUGGAGGGCAUGGACUUACUGGAUGAACUCUCAAGUCUUGGAAAUCUUCCAUGUCUUAGGAUUCUUCAGAUCUCAGGGAUGCCUGCAGUGAAAAUUCUAGGCCUAGAAUUCCAUGGAUUCGCAGAUCAGGGCAACCAUUUCCCAUGUUUGGAAGAGCUCAAGUUCAGCAACAUGUCAGAAUGGGAAGAGUGGACUUGGACUGGAGACAGCGAGUUGUUUCCCUGCCUGCUUGUUCUUAAGAUUGAAGAUUGCCCCAAGCUCAAGAUGUUGCUCCCACUCCCUCCAUCACUUACGACACUAGAAUUAUGGCAAAAUGGACUAGUUGAACUUCCAGGACUGUGGAAUAAAAUUAAUGGAAGUAGCAGCAAUAUGAUUGCAUCUCUGUCAAAGUUGUAUGUAUCUGAAUGUCCAAAUCUGAGAAUACUGGACCAAGGGCUGCUAUUUCAUGACCUACCAAACAUUGAAUCCAUUGAGAUACAUGAAUGUCAGGAGCUGCUGUGGCUUCCAGUGAAAAGGUUUAAAGAAUUCACCUCCCUAAAGAAUUUGUCAAUAAAGAACUGCCCCAUGCUUAUGAGCUCGACAGAAUACAAGAGCGACAAACUUCUCCUGCCGCCUUCAAUUGAGAAAUUAACACUGCUAGACUGUGGAAAUCUCAGCGAAGCUCUGCGGCGUUGCUUGCUUAAUCUGCCUUUAAUUUCUCAGUUGGAAAUAGGCCAUCCUCCGACCCAAGGAUGA